GUUUCUUGAUGCUUUUCAUCAGUCAGAAACAAUUUCAGUCUUCUUUUUUGCUGCGUGAACCAAACGUUUUUGAGAUAAUGAAGGGAUUGUUGGUGUUUGUCUUCUCUGCCUCAGUGUGCUGGAAAAUAAUGGUUUUUGCGGAUUUGGGACAAGAGGGAAGAGCAAGAAAAGCGCCGCUGACCUUGGAAGACACGAAUGACAAAUAUGAAGCCGUGGUGGAAGAAAAGCGAGGCAAUGCAGCUGUUCUUAGUCCCUUCAAGAAUGAAAGGGGAUGUUCUCAACAGGGCGGACUGUGUGUGGAAGCCGAGUUUUGUCCGUCGGACAUGUUGGCGGAUAAACCUGAGAAAAAGGUGUACUUGUGCCCUGCCCAGAAGGACAAGGGCGCUGCUUGCUGCUUCGGACUUCCAAACAAGAAGCUGCCGUGUGGAAUUCGUGGUGGGCUUUGCCGGGAAACCUGUGGUACAAGUCUGGUUCCUGAUCCCUUGGGAAUCUGUCCGGAUGCCAAUGGUGGUGGCUCUGGAGAAUUAUGCUGUCCCCUCUUGCUGUAAUAUGAACCGAUUCCGCGCGAAACCAAAAUUGCAUUUGACAAUCACAGCUAUUAUAUAUGCAACGAUGAGUGUUUUCAAUUGGAUGAAAUAAACAGGAGUGUUCUGUCGGCCAAAGA